GCUCUAGAAUCGAAAUGUACUCUGGGACAUGAAGUCCACAUCUGUCCUGGAAGGAUAGCAUGCAGCAUGGAAGACGCCGGUGAAAGGUCUAAUUAUUGUGAAAAUACCUCAGACUGCGAAGAAGACAGAGGCUCGGAUAAUGAUUUUGAAACAUCAAAGCUUGGAACGAAAGAAUACUGGGAGGAAAUGUACCAGAAAGAGCUUGAAACAUUCAAAGAUAUAGGAGAUGUAGGGGAGAUAUGGUUUGGUGAGGAAAGCAUGAGCCGUGUCCUGGGAUGGAUGCAGACGGCAAAGAUCCCUGAGAAUGCUGCCAUUCUUGACAUCGGGACUGGAAAUGGAGCCUUUUUGGUUGAGCUGGCAAAACAUGGAUUUAAGAACCUGACUGGUGUAGACUAUUCUCCAGCAUCUGUAGAACUGGCCAGAAAUGUUCUCCAAACAGAAUGCUUGUCUGAUAUCACAGUGAAGGAGGUGGAUUUCCUAAACUGCAAUAGAGAGCUGAAAGAGUUUGAUGUCUGCAUUGACAAAGGAACUUUUGAUGCGAUAAGCCUAAAUCCAAACAACUCCAAAGAGGCAAAGAAACUCUAUGUCCAAGCUUUAAGGGAUGCCCUGAAAGAAAAUGGCUUCUUUUCUAUCACUUCAUGUAACUGGACCAAGGAGCAGCUGCUCCAGAGAUUCAAUGAAGGAUUUGAGUUCGUGCAGGAGUUGCCUACACCAAGGUUCCAGUUUGGAGGCAAGACAGGCAACAGUGUGACAGCUCUCAUCUUCAAGAGAGUACAUUAGUGGAUGUUUCACCGAAACAUGUUUGCCACCUGUUCAAAUCCUUCAAAUCCCAAAUCCUUCCAAUCCAUUUCUGCUGGUUCUGUUUUUUUAUACAUAUAUAUAUAUAUAUUUUGUUUUUUUUUUGUUUUUGUGUGCUAAUAAAGACACUUUGUUCACUCUUAACAGACCUCAAUAAUAGGUUAUGAAUGAAGAAACCCACUUCAGUUGCAUAAGCCUUUUUUGUUGAAAAUAAAUCAGGUUGUGUAUAAAUU